AAUCGAGAUUGCAUGCGCCUGAAUGUUUAAUUUCAUUUUAAACUCAUUUUGAGAAGCAAGCUGUUGAUCAUUUAAUUAUGCAAACAACUUCUUUGUAUGUUAACGUUCUAAUAGAAUGUUUCGCAAAAAAUAAUUAAGAGAUUUGCCCAUCCAUUUUUAUGAUCCGUUUAGUGUAGAUAACGGUAAAUUCAAACUUUGAUACAUCGUACCGCAGUAACAUUUAGAAAUGUCAAACAGACAGUAAACAAUUGACAGCAGCUGUCAAAGCGGUUUAAAACCUCAACCGCCAUAACUGCACAAAGCAGCAGACGAGAAAGCCACAACAAACGUGCGUUUUUAUCAAAGUUUGUGUACUGUGAAAUAUUAAAGCUACGCUACCUAUAUCAUGGAUUUAUUCGAAACAAACGAUGGUGAUACGAUCAAUUCGGACGUCUUAAUGCAAACCAUCAAAAUGAUGCAGCAUCCAGCAUACGGUAACCCGUACGAAUGGUCUACGCAAGAUUUUGACCUUGGGCGUGCGCUUGGUCGCGGAAAGUUUGGACGCGUCUAUAUCGCUCGCGAGCGCGAAACCGGCUUUAUGGUGGCUAUGAAAGUGAUGUUCAAGUCGCAGCUUACCAAGUGGAACGUGGAGAAGCAGUUGCUGCGCGAGAUCGAAAUCCAGUCACGCUUGAAACAUCCGCACAUUCUCCGGCUGUACACAUGGUUCCAUGACGAUCGGCGCAUCUACCUGGCACUUGAGCUGGCCGCACAGGGUGAACUGUACAAACAUCUGAAGGCGGCACCAAAGGGCCGGUUCGACGAGAAGCGAUCCGCACGCUACGUGUCGCAGGUGGCCGACGCGCUGAACUACUGUCACGCAAACAAUGUGAUCCACCGUGAUCUGAAGCCGGAAAACAUUCUGCUCACGGGUGACGACAACAUCAAGCUGGCCGAUUUCGGUUGGUCUGCCCACACCAAAUCGAACAAGCGUAAAACGAUGUGCGGUACGCUGGAUUACCUGCCACCGGAGAUGGUGGAUGGCAAGAUGUACGAUGAUUCGGUUGACCAGUGGUGUUUGGGCAUUCUGUGCUACGAGUUUCUGGUCGGUCAACCACCGUUCGAGUCACAGACGACACAGCACACGUACGACAAGAUCCGGCGGCUGGAUAUAGUGUAUCCACGGCACAUGAGCAUGGGCUCGAUUAAUCUCAUCACAAAGCUGCUGCGCAUACCGAGCAGUUCCCGGAUUACGUUGCGAGACGUCAUGAACCAUCCCUGGAUCUUGCAAAUGAAAAAGUGAAUGUCGACUGGCGCAACGUUUAGGAUAUUUAUGUAAGAGCUAUUUGUGCGUUGUUUAUGUAUGGUUAGGGAAAAUUUUGUAAUUUUACUCCGUUUAAACUCAUUUGAAAAGAAUAUUAAGCUUUCGCAAGUGAUUAAUAAAUCACAUCAGUAUGUCAU